AUGCACAUCAAGGCGCAGAGGCAAGUCUGGACAGUCCUUACCGCUGACGAAGCCUCCCGGGCUCAGGACUCGGGACGUUUAACCCAUUGUAGUGCAGGAACUUACCGUUCUCGCUCCCGAGUUCGUAGCGUUGUACCGGCUUUGCUCCACAGCAUAAACGGUUUUGCCAGCGCUCGUGCGGUUGGAAAGCCGAACACGCCUCCAACAAAUUUGCCGCCAAGCCUUCUGCUUCCGCUGCAGGAGCAUGCCAUGCUGACGUUGCCUGCCAAGCCUGAGCAGCACGAUCCACAGGCUCAUUUUCAGGAGAUGUGCUCUCAGCCCCGUGGAGCCUCCCCUAGCGCGCCUGCAGCCACCAUCUCUAGCACCAUCAGACCAUCCAAGACACAGUCAGGCGUGCUCGAGUUCUAUUCUGGCUAUUUCGAAGGCGCCCUACGCGGCAACAACUUCGCAGAGGCGCUCAGCGGCAAGAUCAGACUAGAACAAGAGGAUGAACAGACUUUCGGUCUUUUCGUGCACUGGCUGUACACCCGUCACAUUCACGUGUCCCCUGAGGAUGCAGAUCGCGCGGCGCAAUUCGAGACUUUGUGCGACCUGUGCCUCCUCGCCGAUCGUCGCCAGGUGCCGCUACCCAUGAAUGCAAUCAUCGAUGCCAUGAGAGACGUUGUUGUCAAGAUUCACAAGUUGCCGUUGCCCCAGCUGAACAAGAUAUUUGACAACACGACCACCGACGCCGGGCUGCGGCGCUUUUGCGUGGCAGUGAUCGUGAACGUGAUGCACUCAUCAACAGGCUCCGAGUUGUUUUCUCGUGAGUGUCUGAUCGAGAUCAUGAAGCUCGUUUGGAAAGACGGUGGAAACAAGAUGACGAAGGAGAACUUGAAAAGCCUCGAUCUCUGCCAGUAUCACUGGCAUGAGGAGGGGGAGAAAUGUCCCGAAUCUGAAGUUGAAGAAAGGACGCCGGAGGAGACCGCCCUCGCCUUGGACAUGGAACGCUGCUAUCUCAGCAAAUGGUUCAGAUGGUUGGUGCUACGCCACGAGUCUGAAGAAUGCCUGAAGCCAGUCAAGAGUGAUGUUGGAAGCUUCGGCCGGAGAGAGGAGAGGCAAUACUGGAGUAGAGCCGCUCCAUUUUCAGAUGACAAACUACUCAGUCUUGACGGAUACAAUAAGCAAUAA